GCCGAGUGUGGAUUGUAACGAAAGGCGGUCUGCUUCCCGGUACCGUCACGUCCUGCAGCGACGGGGAUGUUGUGUUCACGAGCGACUAUGGACAGGAGUUCGCUCACCCUCGCUCUUCCCUCUCCCGGGAGAACGUCCUCCCGAUGCACCGGAGCAGCAGAGAUGGCGUGGAGGACAUGUCCCUGCUCUCCGACCUGCACGAGGCCGCCAUAAUGCUCAACCUGCACGUGCGAUACCGGAACGACCUGAUCUAUACAAACAUAGGCUCCAUCUUGGCGUCUGUUAACCCCUAUAAGCCCAUAGCUGGUUUGUACGACGAGGAAGCCGUGGAUCUUUAUAGCCGGCACCACUUGGGGGAGCUGCCGCCGCAUAUAUUCGCCAUCGCCAACGAAUGCUACCGCUGCCUGUGGAAGAGACACGACAGCCAGUGUGUCCUCAUUAGCGGUGAAAGCGGAGCUGGAAAAACAGAAAGCACCAAACUGCUGCUUAAAUUCCUGUCGUCGAUGAGCCAGACCUCCGCGGAAGGCGGCUGCAAGGAGACCCACGUGGAGGAAGCCAUCAUGGAGAGCAGCCCGAUCCUUGAGGCUUUUGGAAACGCCAAGACCGUGUAUAACAAUAACUCCAGCCGCUUCGGGAAAUUUAUCCAACUUCACUUUUCCCAGCAGGGCCACAUACAGGGAGGCCGAGUGGUGGAUUAUUUGUUGGAAAAGACUCGCGUCACUCGUCAGAGCCCCGGGGAGAGGAAUUAUCACAUAUUCUACGCUCUGCUCUCCGGAUCCAGCAAGGAAGACCGGGAAUCCCUUUGUCUCUCCGAUACUCACGGAUACCAGUAUCUCAGCACCUCGGGCUGCGUGACCGCGGACGGACUCAACGACAAGGACAUGUAUCAGAAGGUCAUGACCGCGCUCCACGUGAUGGAUUUUAACGAGGAGGAGAUCCGGGAAGUGUGGAAACUUCUCUCUGGGAUCCUGCAGCUGGGAAAUCUCGAGUUUAUGACGGCCGGCGGGGCGCAGAUCACAACUAAAGCAGUUCUCGGUGAUGCCGCCGACCUAUUGGGCUUGGAUUCCUUCCAGCUUUCUGAGGUCCUGACCCAACGAUCGAUGAUCCUGCGAGGGGAAGAGAUUAGUUCCCCUCUGACUGUGGAGCAGGCUACAGACUCCAGAGACUCGCUUGCCAUGGCGCUGUACGCCCAGUGCUUCUCCUGGCUCCUGGGGAAGAUAAAUUCUCGGAUCAAAGGGAAAGACAACUUUAAGUCUGUCGGCAUUCUGGAUAUUUUUGGCUUUGAGAACUUUCAGGUGAAUCGGUUUGAACAGUUUAACAUUAACUACGCCAAUGAGAAACUGCAGGAGUAUUUCAACAAACACAUCUUCUCCUUGGAGCAGCUGGAAUACAACAGGGAGGGAAUUCAAUGGGAAGCUAUUGACUGGAUGGACAACGCAGAGUGCCUGGACCUUGUAGAGAAGAAAUUGGGGCUGUUGGCUCUGAUCAACGAAGAAAGCCGUUUUCCAAAAGGCACAGACUUCACAUUGCUUGAGAAGCUCCAUGCCCAGCACGCCAAUAACCCGCAUUAUGUGAAGCCUCGCGUGACCGAGAACCAAUUUGGAAUCAAGCAUUAUGCCGGCGAGGUCACGUAUGAUAUACGGGGGUUUCUGGAAAAGAAUCGAGACACAUUCAGGGAUGACAUUCUCAACAUGUUACGAGAUAGCAGGCUGGAUUUUAUCUACGAUCUGUUUGAAAAAGUUUGCAGCAGAAGCGGCGAGGAAACUCUGAAAAUGGGAACCCAACGCAAGAAGCCGACUGUCAGCUCCCAGUUCAGGGAGUCUCUGCACUCCCUCAUGGCCAUGCUCAGCACUUCCAACCCUUUCUUCAUCCGCUGCAUAAAACCCAACACCGACAAGCUCCCGAACACGUUUAGCCCGGACGUGGUUUUAAACCAGCUGCGAUAUUCGGGGAUGCUGGAGACGGUGAAGAUUCGCAGAGCGGGGUUCCCGGUACGCAGGCAGUACCAGGAUUUUAUGAGCAGGUAUAAGAUGCUUCUAAGGAGUAUUAAAGGUGAAGGCGACCCUCGGGCGACGUGCGCUGCGUUCCUGCAGUCUUACGAUGGCAGUAAGAAGGAGUGGCAGCUCGGAAAGACCAAGGUGUUCCUCAAAGAAGCUUUGGAGCAGAAGCUCGAAAAAAGCCGUGACCAGGAACUCAAGAGAGCAGCUUUGGUGAUCCAAGCGCACGUCCAAGGAUACAUCGCAAGGAAGCGCUAUAAGCAGGUCUGCGGGUGGAUAGUCACAAUCCAGAAAAACUAUAGAGCGCAUUACUGGAGAUCCGCGUUCCUUCGCCUCCGUAAAUCCGCCGUCCACUUCCAGAAGCACUGGCGUGGCAGAGCCGCGCGGCUCCUUUUCCAGCAGAUGCUGGAGGAAGAGCGGAAACGGCGGGAAGAGGAAGAGCGGAGAAGGAAAGAGGAGGAGGAGAGGAGAAGGCAGGAGCUGGAAGAACAGAGGAGGAUUGAGGAGGAAAGAAAAAGACAAGAAGAAGCAGAGAGAAGGGAACAAGAGAGACUGGAGGCCGAGCUUCGGGCUGCUCAGGAAGAGCAAGAGAAAGCUAGGAACUUGGAAAACCUUCUUCAAGAAGAGGAGAGACGCCAAAUGGAGGAGAUCCUGCGGCUGGAGAAGGAGAUUGAGAAGCUGAAUCAACAACAAAAACUGGAUGGUAUCUCCAUCACUUGCGUGGACACGCGCAACGCGGUGACCCGGCAGCGGGAGGAACAAAUCCACAAGCUGGAGAAGGAAGCCUCCCGGGUGGCUCAGGAAUUCCUAGAGUUGCUGGACUUCGGGAAUUUGGAUGAAAGCACCCAAAGCUUGGAGAAUGGAAUUGACGGGACGCUCAACAUGGGGGGCAGCGUGGUGGCGCCUUUAGCUGAAGAUGAGGUGGAUGAAGGGUUUCACGCAGACGAUGAAGCUUUUCCCCCUCCUCCUCCAAUGUUGCUGGACGAUGCUGACCUAAUAUCCAGCGAGAGCUCCGAGGAACAGACCUACGCGAAAAUUCAACCGGAACUUCCCGAUGAGCAGAGUAGGACCAGUGCGCCCGAUUCCCCGGGCGAACCUUUAUCGGGUGAAGACGUUUACAGUGCCCUAUCUCAGAAGUCGGAAAGCAUAUAUCACUGUGUGUCGGAUACGCUGAGCAACAGCGACGAGGCACAGGAACCCAUUUACAGCUACCCUCCCGACGUGGAGUCCGACUACGAUCAUGAAGAGUUUGAGGAAGGUCCACCGGGUUCUGUGGACACAACAAACCUAAGCGAUGGUCAUCUGACAGAUGAGGAGGUUCUAAGGAUCUCCAAGCCGGGCAGCUUUGGAUCUCAGUGUGGGAGUUUGGAUUCGUUUUUGGACAGCGACGAUGAAGCAGACAGUCACAUUGACACCGAUGAAGAGUUAAUGACCAGUCGAGUGACUCUGUUUAACGGAGGGGGUCCUCCAUAUUUCCACAGUUAUCUCUACAUGAAAGCCGGUGGCCUCAUGAACCUCUGGAGACGCCGCUGGUGCGUGUUGAAGGACGAGACGUUCAUGUGGUUCCGCACCAAGCAGGAGGCUCUGAAAUCCGGUUGGCUUUAUAAGAAAGGAGGGGGGAUGUCCACCCUGUCGCGGCGCAAUUGGAAACGCCGCUGGUUUGUGCUGCGCGAGUCCAAGCUCAUGUACUUUGAGAAUGAUAGUGAGGAACGCUUGAGAGGGACCAUCGAUAUAAGGAUGGCCAAAUCCAUUAUAGACAUUCACGAGAAGGAAAACGCGUUGGACGUCGUGACGGAAGAAAGAACGUAUCACAUUGUGGCUGAGACGCCAGAAGAUGCGAGCGGCUGGUUUAAUGUCCUCAGCAGAGUCCACACCGCGACCGCCCAGCAGCUGCGAGAAAUGAGGGAUGAGCAAGCCAACCCCAAAAACGCCGUGGGGACUCUGGAUGUGGGUCUCAUAGACUCUGUCUGCGCCUCGGACUGUCCCGACAGGCCGAACUCGUUUGUGAUAAUCACGGCAAACAGAGUUAUUCACUGUAACACGGAUAUCGCGGAGGAGAUGCACCACUGGAUCUCCCUGCUGCAGAAGCCUCGGGGAGAGGCCAAGGUGGACGGCCAGGAGUUCCUCGUGAGAGGUUGGCUCCAUAAGGAGGUUCAGAACAGCAAUAAAAUGGCGUCCUUAAAACUGAAGCGGCGUUGGUUUGUGCUGACCCGAAACGCCCUAGAUUACUACAAGUCGUCCGAACGCAUGGCGUCCAAGCUCGGAACGCUUGUUCUCAACAGCCUUUGUUCGGUGGUGCAGCCGGAUGAGAAGACCCAUGCGGAAACAGGUUAUUGGAACAUUAUAGUCUGCGGUCGCAAACACUCUUACAGACUCUACACCAAGCUGCUCAACGAAGCCAUGAGGUGGGCUAACGCCAUCCAGGGGGUGAUUGACAGCAAAGCUCCCAUACAGACCCCGACUCAACAGCUUAUCAGAGACAUAAAGGAAAACAGUUUGAACGGAGAAGCCGUGGAACAAACAUACAGAAGAAACCCUAUACUGCGAUACACGCAUCACCCUCUCCAUUCACCUCUCCUACCGCUGCCUUACGGGGACCUCAACCUCAACCUGCAAAAGGAGAAGGGUUACACGACUCUCCAGGACGAGGCUGUACGGAUCUUUAACUCGCUCCAGGAGAUUGAGACUGUUCCUGAUCCGGUUCCUAUAAUCCAGGGCAUCCUUCAGACCUGCCAGGACUUGAAGCCGCUGCGGGAUGAAGUCUACUGUCAGCUGAUCAAACAGACGAAUCACGUGCCUCAGCCAAACAGCGCCGGAAACCUGCGUCACUGGCAACUCCUCUCCUCCAUGGGCUGCACGUUCCUGCCCGGCCGAGAUAUCCUGCGCUAUCUCAAGUUCCACCUGAAACGGAUCCGCGAGAUCUCCUCGGGCACGGAGGUCGAGCACUUUGCGCACUUUGUAGCCGACGCUCUUAAGAAAACCAAAUGCCGUGAGAUGGUCCCGUCCCAGGAGGAGAUUUCCGCGCUGCUCACGCGCAGCAACAUGACCACGACCGUGUACUGCCACGGAGGGGGGUCGUGCCAGAUAAGCAUCAACUCUCAUACCACGGCCGGGGAGGUGGUGGAGAAGUUAAUCCGUGGUCUGUCCAUGGACAACAGCCGUAACAUGUUUGCACUCUUUGAGCACAAUAACCACGUGGACCGGGCGGUGGAGAGCCGUGUGAUUGUGGCUGAUGUCUUGGCCAAGUUUGAGAGGCUUUCUAGUACAGUUGAAGAACACGAAGAAGAGGGGCAUUGGAGUCUAUAUUUCAAACUCUAUUGCUUCUUGGACGUACAGAGCGUUCCUAAAGAGGGCGUCGAGUUUGCUUUUAUGUUUGAACAGGCUCACGAAAGUCUCACCAGUGGUCACUUUCCAGCCCCCGAGGAGACUCUACAGCACUUGGCUGCUCUGAGACUGCAGUACCACCACGGGGAUUUCUCCAAAGUUACUUGGUCUCUGGAAACGGUCUAUCCCGUUCAACGACUUAGGACCAAAAUCAUGCAGGCCACCAAGAGCAGCAGCGCCACGUCUGGACAAACCCUGGAGAGGAGAAGGACCAGCUUUCUGGAAGGCACUCUGAAGCGCGGCUUCAAAGUGGGUUCCAUGAAGAAGCAGAAGAUGGAGGAAGAGCAGAUGCUGGAGAUGUGGCUGAAGGAGGAACUCUCCGCGGCUCGUACAAGCAUCGCAGAGAAAUGGAAGAGGCUUCAAGGGAUGUCCCAACACCAAGCGAUGGUCAAUUACAUGGCCAUUGUGAGCGAGUGGCCGGGAUAUGGAUCGACCCUUUUUGACGUUGAGUAUAAGGAAGGUGGCUUCCCCAACGACUUGUGGCUUGGAGUGAGCGCAGAGAAUGUUUCUGUUUACAAGAGAGGAGACGCCAAGCCGUUGGAGACCUUCCAGUACGAGCACAUUAUCUUCUUCGGAGCGCCUCAACCCAACACCUUCAAGAUUACUGUGGAUGACCGGGAGAUGUUUUUUGAAACUACCCAGGUUGGAGAGAUCACCAAGAUUAUGAGGGCUUACAUCAACAUGAUCGUGAAGAAGCGGUGCAGCGUUAAGUCGGUGGUCAGUCGCGACAGUCAGUUUAGUACCUGGGCGAGGUGACCGUGAAGAUGCAGACUCUCAUAAGUGCUCUAAACGCGAGAAAGUGAAGC